AUGUUCUCAGAGUAAGCAACAUUUAGUUUAACGGAAUCCAUUCUAACAAUCAAGCAAUCAGGCGAUAUUUUUGCAGUUCACAAAAAAUUGGAAUCUAUUAUGACUGAUUUUCUCCUUAAUCUGACUGAAAAUGAGGCUAAAGUGAUUUCCCUUAAUAUAUUGGAAAAAUUUGAAGAGUAGUAGAUUGAGUAAAAUAAGGGUGUGAGACAGUCAUAAAACUUUCAAGUUAAACCCUAACCAAGUCCUAUAAGCCAAAGUCAUGUCAACAAUAACAAUGUCUCAGCUUAAUUAAAAUUUAAGGACUCUGACAAUUUGCUUUCAAGAAAAAGAAGUCACGACAACACAAACGCCUCAUAUCUUGAUCAGCCAACCAAUAUUAUGAAAAGCAUAAUGCCAAAAAGUGCUAACAAGCAACUCAAUACUAAUAGAUCUAGUGUUGCUAAAGAUGUAAGAAAGCCAGUUGCAUAAAUUCAGCUAAUCAAUAAAACCCACAUUCCAAAUACUACUGCUUUAACCAGAAGAAGCUCAAUAAUAAAUGUUGAUAAACCCUCACGUGAUAGUACCUCCAGGGAAUAAUUCUAUGACUAUCUCUUCAAAGAGGGCGAGAAAUCUUAAAAAGUAAGAGUUUUUGAGUAGCAAAAAAUGGUCUAAGAGCUAUAAAACUGUACUUUUAAGCCAGCAAUAAUACCUUUAAUGAAGAAUAGGAGUAACUCAUCUCUAAAUAUGAAUCAUUCUUAAAAAGACAGAUCAUUCAAUGAAGCUCAAGAUCAUGCAGAUGUUCAUAAUAGACUUUAUCAAAAAUAAGAGGAGAUUAAGCAGAAAAAAGAGCAACUGAAGAGUGAAUUCACAAAACAUGACUUAAGGGAAUGUACAUUUUAGCCUAAUAUAGGUAAAAAGCCAGAAAUACGUAGAGGAGAUUGUGAUUCGAUAGACAACUUUGGAUUUAACAGAAGUACAUCUCCUGUGAUAAGAGUAGAGAGCAGAUUUUCACAAAUAUAGAGUGUACUCAAAGAUACUUAGAAUAGUACUAAUAAGAAAGAAAGGCUUUUCAAAAGAAUUCUUAAUGAAACUGCUGUAAACAAGGCUUCAAAUGACAAUAGUUAGUUAGGAGUCAGCGGUUUAGGUAAAUUCAGAUAUUCCUAGGAGAAUACAGCGAAGAAGGGAAGUGCAAAGGCGAACAAGAGUAAUGGGGUUCAUCACAAUAGAAAUUACAGCUAUGCUGAUAAUGCUAAACUCAUGCAUAUGCUUAAAUCCAGCGAGGCUAAAUCCACUCUAGACUUCAACACGAUCAGCGCAUCUUCAAACAUCAGUCUGAAUUAUAGAUGA